AGACAAACGGGGUGCCACGUCGUCGUGCCGUUCGAAUUCGAGGCAUCGAGUGGUCGUCCCAGAGGCUGUUGGGGACGCCAUUCUGCCGCGGUCUCCUACGUUCGCGGUCAUUUGAAAAAACACUCUGUCCACCCCACCGCCUCAUGGAGACACUGCACGCCACCUCGAACUUUGCCGUCACGUCGUCCGCGAGCGGGAAGCGCGUGCUCCUUGUCUCGCUCACCGACUCUGCCGACGAUGUUGUCGAAGCACCGCCCAAGCGCAUCAAGCUGCAACCCGUGCCGCCGCUCAAGGUCACCAUCGGCGAUCUCGAGGAAGAUAGCCCACGGGAUGUGGGCGCCGACGAGAUUCUCUUUCCCAUCUGGCAGCUCACGGACCUCAUCACGGACGACGACCUCAUGGACGACGACGACGCAUGGCUGCUCGAGUACUUUCUCUCGUGAGUAAACCGCCAGCGACCUAUUUAACAGAAAUGCAUAAUUGUACAUUCCGACCCAAC